CACAUGGAAAGUUCCGGAUUAACUAAAGGUCGAGAUAAAACCGGUCGCGUGUGUCGCAGCAGCUCAGAACUACGUCGGGGUUUUCUCACACUAGCAGCGAAACAAACUUAGUCUUUGAAAAUGCCAAGAGGAAGCAGAAGCCGUCCCACCAGAAUGAGCCCUCCCGCCAGCCGCGCACCACCAUCACCUCCACCCAUGGCCAGUGCUGCGCAUCACUCGUCUCACGCUCCGGUCCCCAUGCAGGCUCCUCCUUCUGCGGUGGGCGCGCCGGCCGCUGCGCCCAGACAGCCUGGCAUGUUUGCUCAGAUGGCGUCGACAGCCGCUGGCGUGGCGGUGGGCUCCGCAGUGGGACACACCCUCGGUCACGCCAUGACCGGAGCCUUCAGCGGAGGGAGCUCUGAGGCCGCCAGGCCUGACGUCACAUACCAGGAGCCGUACCAGCAGCAGCAGCCGGCCGGCCAGCAGCAGGAGGUCUGCUCCUUCGAGCUCAAGCAGUUCCUGGAAUGUGCUCAGAACCAGAGCGACCUGAAGCUCUGCGAGGGAUUCAGCGAGGUGCUCAAACAGUGCCGGUCUGCUAGUGGCGAGUAGAAAAUGAGGGGAGCUGGAGAAGGUUUUUCCUGAGAUGGAGACAAAGUUCUGCAGAGUUGAGAUCACAGGUCUUCUCACCAGAUACUAGUUGGGUGCAAUCUUCAAGGGAUCAAUCAAUCAACAAACGUGCUUUAUUUAAGCAACUGAUUUUGGGUAACAUCAUUUUGUCGUGAGAACACUGCUGCAGAGUUUGUAAUCAUAGUCUUAUAAAUAAUGUUUAUAUAUUUUGGUUUCAUGUUUUGAGUCAAGUGUAAUUUAGACAGCGCUUUUCAUUAGCAGUGCUUUUAUUAUAACAUCUCAAUAACACAGGAUAAGCAAACCAAAUCUACUAGUUGUCAUCUUAUGGUUUAAUUGUAACGGGAAGAAAAUAAAUAAAGCACUUGGAUUAUAA